CCAACUCAGGUAUCGUCAGUUCAACACCAGCCGUCAGUACAACAAGACGUGCUGGGCCCCGCUCCCCGUGGCCACCUCGCCUAGCGACUCCAGUCCCUAGACUCAGCCUCCAGACUGAAGCUUCAACAUAGCCGAUAUCUGCCGUUUGAAAGAACGUCUUUUGCUGUUAUUUCCCUGCUGUAAGGAAGACUUUAUCGUCUACCGACAGCUCUGCAGGAGAAGCGAGAGAUCUCUCGUGUUCCUACACCAGGAGAAGCUACAGAUCUGUGCGAGUCAUCUCAGCUCUUAAGGAGUGACAUUGUCAAGUCCGAGGAGAGACAUCAGGGAAGAGAUGGAGUCUUUUGGAGAGUUGUUCAGCACUACUGAGGAGCGGGUAGACCCUGUUCCUGCCAAGCUAAAAGGAGAGUGGCCUGACUGGCUGAGUGGCAGCUUCCUGAGGGUGGGACCUGGCAAGUAUGACCUGGGAGACUUCACUGUCAACCACUGGCUUGACGGCAUGGCCAUCCUUCACAAGUUCCAGAUUGAAGAUGGCAAGGUGUCGUUCCAGUCCAAGUACUUGAAGUCAGACGCCUACAAGAAAGCUUGCCUCACUCAGCGCCCUGUCUUCACGGAGUUUGGAACACAAAGCUACCCUGACCCCUGCAAGAACAUCUUCUCCAGGAUGUUCUCCCAAUUCGAAAUGACGGACAACACUUCUAACAACAUCUUCCGUAUUGAGGAUCAGAUGUUUGUUGCUUCUGAGACCUGCUACCUGAGGAAGAUUGACCCCGAUAACCUCGAAACCAAGGACAAGGUUGAUCUUAGUAAGAUAAUGAGUGUGAACCUGUGUUCUUCACAUCCACUGACGGACAACACAGGUGUCACGUACAACCUGGGCUGUUCCUUCAUCGGCGGUCCUAAGUACAACAUUGUGAAGAUACAUCCCUCCAAGGACAAAAGUGACUCCAACCCCUGGGCCAACACUCGCACGCUGGCUGCGAUCAGUUCAAGCUGGAAGGCGUCGUACUCCUACUACCACAGCUUUGGUAUGACGGAGAACUACCUGGUGUUCCUAGAGCAGCCGCUGUUGGUCAACACGCUCAAGCUAGCUACCUCUCAGCUCAAAGGCCGUGCCUUCACUGACUGCUUAGACUGGCACCCGCAGGAAAAGGUGAGUGCCAAGGAAGUGAUGAGUGUUCCGUUAUCACUAACGAGUGUACGUUAUUUGCAGGUGUGCAAGAUGGAUGUGGAGACUGGGCGCAGCUGGGCCUGGCGGGGAAAUGAACACCAGUACUUGUCAGAGCCAUCCUUCAUUCCCUUGCCCGAUGCCAUCGAAGAGGACGACGGUGUAAUCUUGUGCUCCGUAGCUGACAUUCGCAAAGACUUUCCAGACUUCUUGCUACUGGUGGACGCUCGAACUAUGGAGGAGAUUGGCCGCGCAGAGGUGGAUGCCAGAGUCCCUUCCAGCUUACACGGCAUUUUCCUGAUGGAGAAGAACUGAUGAAGGCGGGAAGGUAGAACGUCGUGUGGUACUAAGGGUAAAGCUGCAAUUGUGAUGCAGUAGUUCUGCGAGGCGAGCUAUUAGCGCCUCCAUGGAACCCUGACGCCAAAGUAUUCCUUUAUGUUUGUGUCUUGAGGUCACAGUGCCUCGUCAUACUACUUGGAGGUCAUUGUACCUUGAGGUCAGAGUACCUGGAAGUCAUAGUGCCUUGGGGUCAUCAUUAUAAGAUGACAGUGAUAUGCUGUGAUCCUUAGUGUAAUCAGGGUUGAGUUCUUGUUAUUUGUUAUAGUGUCAGAGGGCACCAGCUUGCCUAGGCUCAUACCUCACGUUACACUCACUUACACAUAUAUACUUUUCAUGUUCUUAUAUUUGUACACUGCCAUACCUCACAUGUGUGCACUCAUAACUCACAUAUUAAUUCUUCUUCACACUAUUCAUCAAACAUAUUUAUUCUAAACUUGACUAUUCUUCAUUGGUUAACGCCUGGUGCCUUACGACGAGGAAGUUACACUAAGCAACCUAUAUAUUUCGUUACAAUAUUAUUGUAUUGUUAUUGUACAAUUAUGUUACAGUCAUGAUGGGCAUUGUUAUACGUGGAUACUGAAAAAUUAUUUGGAUCAGCUUACCUAACGAUAUAAUGAAUAUCACCAUUUAGAUUGGUGAUAUUCAUUAUAAAACUUCUUUAAAUAUGUAUCAUAAAAUGGCAUUGAGAGAGUGAUUCAUUUAUUUACGUUGUUAUAAAAAAAAGUCAGUUGAAAGCAUCUUUUAAAUUACGUCCCAGAAGAUGACCAAUAAAAGGGAAGUUCUGUAAUAAGGUUCGGUUGAUGCAGAUGUUUGUAAACAUAAACAUCUGUUGUACUGCUCUUAUAUUCACGUUUCAGUCAUGAUUUAAAACAACUGUUGUACAAGACCUGAAGUAUUAUUUGUUAUAGAUUUAAUAUAUUAAAGGUUAGCUGGUCGCUAAAAAUAUGUGGUCCUCUCCACACCUGCUUGACACUACUAUUUGUAGCUCAGGUCUGGAGGUUUCUGCCCCUCCCCCACACGUGCUCUUUAACUCAGGUGUGGGUGUCUUUACGUUAGCACCCCUGUUUUAUAGCACAUGUGUGGCAGGUGUGGGGAAAGGGAUCAAAGGUAUGUCAGGUGAAUCCUGCCUUGAUAUGCCCAGCGUCCACAUGUGGUAUGGGGGCACGUUGAGGCAGGUAUGGGCAUUAAAAUAUUGACUUUA